CUACUUAAAAUCAUUCAUUAUCAAUAACUUUAUUUUUAUUUAUUCAAUUUAAUAUAUCGAAAUGGAUUGCAGUCAGCGACCCAGUAUCAGUGUCUGCAUAACUUAUAUACUUACAUUUCUUUUGUUAUUUGGAUUUUUCUACACUAUGAUGACAGAUAAUAAAGCAAAUAAUGUGGGAAUCAAUAGACUUCGCGACGAAUUUGAUGAUAUGUCGGUAACUAAACAUACGUUGCGUAUCCAGAAUAAGGACUCCACAGAGCCAGGAUCAAGCAAAUUUGGCUGCUUAGCUGGGGAAUCUAAGCCAACUUCACAAUGGGAUUCUCGUGAUAUAAAUACAUACGUGGACUCAAUGAUUAGGCGUAAAAUUGGUAACCUUAUGGAUGAUGUGUAUAGUUUGAAAAAGAAAAUAAUAAGCACCGAUUGCAAAUCAAAUUUUAAACAUGCAACUUCGAAAAGUGAUCAAGUUGCGGUGAUCAAAAAUCGCAUUAAUUAUGCGUCAGAGGAUCUGGGAGCUAAAGUAAUAAAUGUUCUGGCUCUCCCUAUACAUGUACAGAAUAUUUGGCAAAUUUUGCUUGGCUUGGACUACAAUUCCAAUCCGCCUGUCAAUAUGCUACGUCCGAGUCUUACAACGGGAGCUUGCUUUUGCUAUAACGGCUGUAAGGCCACGAUUGCAAUGCGUUUGGCUAAAAAAAUUGUGGUGGACACAAUUACCUAUACCCACGUGGCCAAAGAAAUGACACCGAAUAUGUGCGUUAAUAGUGCGCCAAAAAAUUUUGAUGUUUAUGGCGUGCAUCCAGAUACUUCGAAGAGAGAACUUUUGGGACACUGGGUAUAUAAUAAUGUUCCAAAUCGACGUACACAAAGCUAUUCCGUUAAUAGUAAGACUUUCUUUCAAAAAUUAGUUUUUGUGUUCAAUUCAAAUCAUGGGGCCAACUCAACCUGUUUGUACUACAUCGAAGUGUUUGGAAAAAUUUAAUAGAUUAAUUUGAGUUUAAUACGUUGGUUUUGUUAUAUUUACAAUAAAAUUGAUUUAAAUGUU